UUGAGCUUCUAGGGGCCCAUGUCAAUGAACAGACCACCUUCGAAGUCUCUUUUCCUAUGCUUGGUGACCUUCGAGCAACCGAUGGGAGUCAUGGUAGCGAUAUCCCACGAGACAUCGAAUAAGCGGAUUAUGUACGGAGGUAUGCAUGGCCAUCUCGUGCUAAGCACAUGAGACACUGUACUGUGUACUUUGUAGAUGUAAGUAGUUCACCGCACGACAACCCCGGCCAGCGUCCCACCCGCUUCCCUGCGCGCAUCCUACUCGCCCUCUCAGAGUCAACACGCCCACCACGAGCGCAAAAAAAUCUCAGAGAACGCGACCCCACAGUAAUAACAACGCGUCCUAAUGCCUACAAAUUGCGCGCCUCUCCCUCAUUCCCGCCGCUCCUCACGCGGAACUUUCUCUCGCCCGUCACAUCUCAACGAGCCAAACACCGAACCAACGAAGACCGCGCGCACACAUGCCCCUCUUCACCAUGCCCAAGAAAUCGGCUAAACCCAUCGCCCCCGCCCCCGCAGCCAGCGGCAACUCCGACUCCCCCAAGCCCUCCGUGGAGCCCCAGCGCCCCGGCACAAGCGGCACCGAACUCCUCCUCACCACCAACCGGCGCACGGCUUCAGCGCAAUACCUCGCGGCGCAGCGCGCCGAAACAGCAUACAAGGCAAAGAAGCGGUCCGCAGGCGCGCGCCAACAUCGUGCGGAUGCGAAGAGCCACUUCAAACAGUCCGCUUUCCACUUGAGAGAGGGCGUGAGGAGCUGUUGGGGCAUUGCGGGCGCGGUGCCGUGGAUGGUGAGGGAGUGGAAGGAGGAGAGAAAGACGCAGAAGGAGAAGAAGGCUGUUGAGAGGUAUAUGGAGAAGAAGAGGAAGUUGGAGGAGAGGAUUAAGCUGCAGGAAGGGGAGAAGGGGAAAGAGGGCGAGGGGGAGGAGGCUGCGCCGGCGGCCUGAUAAGAGGUUGAUUACAUUCGGGGGUUUCGUAUGUUUUGGAUUGAUCUAUUUCCUUUUUCUCUCCACUCCGACUUCCGUCCUUCGUUGGUUUCUUAUGUCUGGCUUUUUUUGUCGCAUCGGUGUUGUUGGCGUUCGAAAGCGGUGUGCUGGGAGUAGGUGAGUCUCGCUGUAGAGCUGGCAGCGACGGUCUAACGGUCGUAGUUCCCCUUAUCUUGGUUUAGACGCCGAUCCUUUUGCUCAGUAGAAGGAGUGCUGUCGUAAUGUAUUACCUUGUUUGAAUAAAGACAGGGGCUUUGCUCUAAAUCCGUC